AUGGGAGAUUCGCCUCGAGCCAACCGCCAUCAUCGCAGACGCCGGUCACCCAGACACAAAUCAUGGUAUCAUGAAGGCGCGCCCAUUACUGUCUGCAUUGGCAACAGACGCUCCCCAAACUAUCACAGCUCGAUCCAGGUGACCAGCGCAGAUGGCAGUAGAUUUGCCGCGCUUGUCCACGAGACAUUACGAAUGAAUCCACAAGAUCCAUUACUGAUGCAAGUCAAAACUUUCAACGGAUUCCAGCCAUGGCUCGGACAAGUCAUAGAGACCUGCAUCGAUGAUCGCUACGACGAACUCGCCGACCUCAAUAGAGCACUGCAAUUUGACGACACUGUCAAGUUUCCUGAGCGAAGUAACAAGCGAUCCACUCAGAUACCAUGGUCCUUUCUUGUCGAUCAAAUGAAUGUGCCAGAUGUAUAUUGGUGGACUUUUGGCAAGGAACCUCCUGGAGGUCGCUCAAAAGGCAUCGAUGAGAUAGUUGAUGAAUACCGCUUCCGUGUUGCUGCCUGGUGCUGCGGUCGUCGCGCCUGUCGUUUUGAUCGAGAGGUUCCCGUCACUCUUGUCUUUACUCAAUCCAACGUUCCUGCCGAGAACGUCAUGCAUGAUCUCUUCUUUCCAUACUUUUAUGAAGACGAAGAGUAUGACAUGCCUCGCAGAGACGAAGAGACUGUUUGUUGGACCUUUCUCAGGCUGUACUGGCUUCUGAGUGACUGGCAAAAUAUCAUCCGAGAGAUUGAGAGGGAGCUGGAGGAGGCCGAAAUCAACAGCCGUGGCAGAAAAUACCCUGUCAAACUGAGGUCACGCAAAAUGCACAAAAAUAUUGACCGUAUUUACGAGCUUAGCGAAUACAUGCGCUUUCACUCGAGAUCAUUCAAGAAGCUUCUCAAGCUAAAGGAUACGAUGCACAAGUCUCCAGAUGAUGCCAUGGAUCCAGUGUGGGACGAGAUGGAUGACGCUGUCGAAGAUCUGGACCAAUACUCUUAUUACAUGGAGACCCUCAAGGAACGUUUCCUUAAUCUGAUUGAACUCGUUAGUAGUCUCUAUGUCACAACUUGA